GGUUCCUGAGAGAGGGGGGAGAGAAAAUGCCGAAAAAGAUGGGGAUCAACAGCAAGGCGGAGGAGGCGCGAUCGCGCAAGGCCGAGGCGGAAUCAGAGCGCAAGGAUCGCGAGUCCAAGGACAAGGAGGACAGGUACUGGCAGGAGCUGGAAGGCCCCAAAUCGAGGUCGAGCAAGAAGCGCGAAGAGGAAGCCGAGAAGAAGGCCGAGAUCCUGGCCAAGAAGGCCGAGGCGCGGCGGCUGGCCGAGAAGGAGGAGCGCGAGAUGGAGGGCUACGGCAAAAAGGUGGACAAGAAAUCCCUGCGCGUGGGCGUUGGAUCCCCGGCGGUGCCCAAAGUGACGGCGGUGGAGCUGGAGCGGCAGAGGGAGGCGGAGGCGGCGAGGCUGGCGGCCCUAGCAGCGGAGACCAAGCGGCGGGAGAUGCGAGCCACGGAUGAGCAGGAGUAUGAAAAGAUGGUGGCGGUGGAGAACGUCAAUAGGGCGGAGGAUCUGAUCGAGGCCAGGAGUGUGGAGGCGGCCAUCGCCCAGAUGGCCAUCCCGGACGAGCUCCCGAUGGAUCGCCACCCGGAGAAGCGGGCGAGGGCGAGCUACAAGGCGUUUGAGGAGGUGGAGCUGGCCAAGCUCAAGGCGGACAAGCCCGGAUUGACGCACACGCAGUACAAGGAUUUGCUGUGGAAGCUGUGGAAGAAAUCUCCAGACAAUCCUUUGAACCAGGUGGGCUAGAAAGAACUCUCUCUCUCGUGGGACUCUCCUCGGCAAGUUCUAGUACGAUCUUAGGUGGGGUGAUUGGGAAAACUCCAGCCAGCGCGUAGGUAGUGAACGAGCACGAACGAACGAAUGCUAAAGGCUGGUAGAAAAAUAAAUGUACGAGCUCGAGAUCGAGUUCUAUGGUC